AUGAAAAUUUUUGUUUUAUUGUGUCUAUUAUUUUUAGGUCACUCAAUACCAGUUACAUUCAAAGAUUAAUGUAAAUGUUCUAAAUUCCCAAGUGAAACUACUUGUUUAGAAUAAAUUAAUUGUAUUUGGAAUACUUCAAUUUGUUAAGAUAGAAGUUGUAGUCAAUAUUAUAACAAAGAUAAAUGUAAUGCAGUAUCACAUUGUUCAUGGAAUAUAUCUAACUGUAGAGAAUUCACAAAAUGUACUGAUUAUUUUAUGAAUGACCCAUUUGAUUGUUAUAAGAUUGGAAAUUAAGAUUUAAAUUAGUUUUGUAUGCCUACAGAAAACGGAAAUUAUUGUAAAGAUUAUGAAUUAGCACCAUGUGGAAAUUUUGAAGAUGAUUGUUCUGGAUUCUAAUCCUAAUGGAAUUUAUGUUAUUGGUAUAAAAAUACUUGUAAUGUUGUGGAUAUUAGAUAUUGUGAUACAUAACUAAAUGAGGAAUUAUGUUUUAUUUUUGGAGAGGGAUUAGGUUGUUAAUGGAAGGAUAAUAAAUGUUAAAUGAUUACUUGUUCAGAUUACACUACAGAAAGCACAUGCAUAUUAUAAAGAUAGAAUUUUAUUGAAGAUGGUCCUCUUCUUUGUAUGUGGGAUGGUACAAAAUGUAUAGAAGCCAAAGAUGUGUCACAUUUAGAUUACUCUAAUUGUUUAGUCAAUUCAUUCUAUAAUUAUAUAUGGGAUUCAACUAAAGGUGUUUGUGUUUCUUGUAAAGAUUACACACCACCAACAUCAUAAACCCCAUGA